AUGCGCAAGUUUAAACGUCGGAACAAAAUUGCGUGCGUGUCGAACAUUUAUGGAAUAGAUAUUGGAAACACUCGGAAUAUUUUCGACUGGAUAAAGAAUGGCGUGAACUGCUUUAUGCUUCUUAUGACAAUUCUCUGGUUGUGCUUGAAACUGAAACCAUCAUACAUUCCUGUCGAAACAACGCUAAAUGGCAUUGUUAUUCAUUCUGAACUUGCAAUUUUACCUGACAAACUGUGUUGUGUUUGGGCUCCUACUCGAGAUUUAAAACAAAGGAAAUUCAACUAUCCUUUAAACUAUCAAUACAGAAUAAAUCUACAAAUUGACCGUAAACCAUCUCACGUUGUUUUGUUAAUUUUACUGGCUGGUGAUGUGGCGACAAAUCCUGGUCCUUGUACUUCUUCAACUAGCAAUCGAAUAGUAAAAUGUCUUUCUCUUAACGCAAGAAGUUUAACAAGCUUACAUAGUACAAACAACAGUGAAG